GUGGAUCGGCCUCAGUUCCAGCCAUUUCGUCAGUGAGGGAGAGAGAGAGGUCUGAGAAGAGGAGAGAGAGCCUUCUGCCUGACAAGAAAUUCUGAGAAGAGGGAGAAUGGCGUCGGCGACGUUCCUGGAGGUGCUCCUAGCCAUCUUCCUGCCGCCGGUCGGCGUCUUCCUGCGCUACGGCUUGGGUAUUGAGUUCUGGAUCGAUCUCUUGCUGACCAUACUGGGAUACAUCCCGGGGAUCAUCUACGCGGUGUAUGUGCUGGUGGCCUGAUCGAAAGAGUUCGAGCAGAGCCAGCGUCGGGUGAUCGAGCGAUCGUGCAACGGUGCAAUAGCAACUGAUGCUGUGCUGUGGUGUUAAGAGUACAUUUGUAUGUGUGAAAAUGUGAUUUAUGCGAUGAGAUUAGGGUCUUGACGUCUUGUGAUGAGAGUCUUUAUGCUAUUUUAGAGACUGUAAUUGGGUGUCAUGUUGCUUGUUUCUCUUAUCUAAGAUACUUUUUUGAGAACUCUUA